AGUAACAAAGUCUGAAGCCCGUGGAUCAAUCCAGUUCUCAGGGAAGGACAAGAUGGAGCUUCUUGACUUCUCAGGAAACAUUUGCUACUACAAGAGUAGGUUAUCGGUGGAAAGCAGCUGCAGCAACCUUGAGACUGUCAUCAUUGAGGGAUCUCCUUCACUAAAAGAGAUCUCCUUGAAAGGUUGUGCUAAAUUGAAGAGACUGCUCUUGAGCGAGUUGUUCCCGCAGCUCUGCAGCCUAGACAUCACUGGUACAGCAGUGAAAACACUAGAUCUCGGUGCAGUGACGGCCCCGGAGCUCGAUGAGCUCUUUCUACUUGAUUGUGGGGAGCUUCGUGCAAUCCUAUGGCCACCACCAAGUGAAAACAGGGGAAAAAGAUACCCGAGUAAGCUGCACAUUGAGACAACCCAAAAUGAUAAGGAGAGCACUGCUGCAGAUGGUACAGGAAGAUCACCUACGGGCCGUAGCAAUCAUUGGUACAUUUCUGUAAGAGAUGCAAGGCUCCUUGGGUCGCUUGAGCCGGUGAAAGACUAUUUUGGUCCCAACUUUGCUCAUGUGGAGGUAUCAGCCCUUGCAUCCCCUGGCACUGCUGGUAGCAAAGAUGUCGGAAUCAAGGGCAGCAGCGGCCAGCAGCAGGUUUAUGUAACCCUCAAGGAAGCUGGCAUGCAGGAGGAGGAGGAGGAGGCUAAUGAUGGCGAGACAGAUGCUUCGGCAAGGAUCAUGUUCAGGUGCCCUCCUUCCCCACCCGUGCCAUCCCAAGGCUGCUACAUGCACAUCCAAGACUGGGUGGAGAGGACGAUUGUUGUGCCGGCAUUUGUAUAUGAUGGUGCUAAGAUCCUGCACAUUCAUGAUAGCUCGCUCCGCAGAAUCCAUGCGGCGCCAUCAGGCCCCGCACAGAAUGAGCUCGAGUGGUGCCGAGCCGAGCGGUGCCCUGCAUUGGAAUGUGUCCUUAGCAUGGGAUCACGAACAUUUAACAAGUUGAGGACAAUUUGGGGGUCACAUCUCUUCUAUGCGCGAUGCUUUGUGGAGGAAAAUAAUAUUAUCGGACGAAUCAGUAUUCGCAUAUUUGCUGGCCUGACAUUGUUGCACCUCUACUGCUGCCCCAGGCUAGAAUAUGCUCUCCCAUUGCGAGGAUACACAGUAUCCUUGGAAAAUCUGGAGACCCUCGAGAUCAUGUGGUGUGGUGAUCUAAUUUCGGUCUUCGACCAAGAAUCCCGACCACAACAUCGACCUAUAAUGCUUAAUUUGUUUAAGCUUCCCAAGCUGAAGCACAUCCACCUGCAUGAGCUCCCUAAGCUCUAUCACAUCUAUGGCGCCACCGUAGAUGCGCCCAAGCUCGAGACGGUCAAGAUCAGAGGCUGCUGGAACCUCAGCAGCCUGCCCGUUGUUACAGGAGAGGAGAAAGGGGUGGUCUGCGAUUGUGAGAAGGAAUGGUGGGAAAGGCUACAGCAGGUCUCAGAGAGCCGCCAGACCAUCCAUUACAAGCCGAUCCACCCGCAGUACUACAAGAAAACCAUGCUCAGGGGCUCCGCCCUUAGGUAAUUUGACCAAUAAUCAACCCUUUCCACUCCACCCUGGAUCGGAGCUUGUGAUGUUGCUCGUCGUCCUUAUUAGCUGUUGGUGUAUCUACCUGUCAUCUCGUUUGCUCA